AUGAUCCAGUGGCGGCGCCGGAUUCUCGCCACUGGCAACGAUGGCAUGGCGGUGGAGCUCGACUUGGACAGCGACACGAGCGACGAAGGUGACGAUGUUGGCCGCGAAUGCAUGCUGUCCCAAGUCCUAGCGGUCGUCGGCAUUGCAAGCGUCCUCGGGUUCAUCGGGCUGGUCGCCCUCGAAUUCCACACGCCCCAGAAUUCCAUGCUGACACUUGUUCAAGAAAGUCGCGACGAAGGCACUCUACCAAUGUUUGCGUGGCGCACCGAGAGCGACGUCCUGGCGUCGGAAGAUGCGUUGGAUGCUUUGAUCCAAGGCAGUGUGCCAAGUGCGAUGUGGCUGCAUUACAAGGGCACGAUGGCUCUCCUCCUGCGACUCUUGCAUCCAAAUCCGACCAUUCAAGUGGACGCCGUCAGGCACCAAACGGCAUGGCGUCGGUCGCUCCUCCACGAAACCCCGCCGUCGAUCUCUGCGGCGUCAAAUGAGUUGCUGACGAGUCACAUCCUUCGUUGCAGUACCUUCCUGGACUUGGACGCAUGGAUGGCAUGUCGUCGAGACGACCACAGGCUCCUGUGGAAAGCGGACGCGAGAUCACUAUCACAAAUUGCCGAAAGGGAGCACCUGCUGGCCUCUCUAGAGGAUUUGUCCAUACCGGCAAGAUGGCCACGCCUGGAGGACUUGGUGUGCUCCACACCUCACGGACUUUCCCCCAUCGAUAUCUGGUUUGCACUUGCGGGCUUGUACCCGCAAAUUCGUGCCAUGCAAUGCUCUGACAACGACACCACGCUGUGGCAUCCCAGAGUGCACUUGUGUCGAUUCCAAGUGCACAACUCCGCAUCGAACGAGUCAGCAGACUAUCAACUACUUCUCGACUAUUCCGAUACGCUCGACUCAAGACAUGACGUGUUUUUCCCUCUUAUGCAUCACGGCGGCAGUCAUGGUCAUCAUGAAGCAGGAAUCGUCGUUGGUCGAACAGUACAAAAUGCCGGCGUGUCGUAUACCUCACGAGUUGUGUAGUCCACGUCGCUGUCACAGGCGAUGCUGAUCGCACGGGUGACGGCGCAGAUCUCGGCACUGGAUCACGUAGUCGAAGCCACAGUCUGCCACCGAAACACCUCGAUUACCUUUAACGGGGACCCGGGGACACGUAGGUUCAUGCUGCAGACCUCAACGCGAUAUGGUUUGAUGUACUCCAACGCCAUUGCCCUCAAGCGAAUGCCUCAAUGGUCAUCGCCUACAUAUAUGCCACAGAAGUGAUGCAGUGCCGACUAGGACUUCGUGGUGAGGCGCGUGGGGAAUGGACCUCCUCGGCAGUUUGCUACCCCCAGACCCAACUCUCUGUGCUGGUGCCUAGCGACUACUUCUUCUCACGCUGCCGCCGCCUUCUUAGCUGGCACCUUCUCGAAGCAGCGCGUCCAUUACCGGACACAUUAUCCGGAUGACCAAGUACGUGGCUGGCCUUCGACGAUGUCCAGUCCCUGCACGUUGAUUGGCUCACGUACUUCAAUGACUUUGCCCUUGAUAAUAAUCUGCAUGGAAUUUUAUUGUGCCAUUCUAGCUG